AUGGUCGAUCUGUUCCGCGGCUACAACUCCCUCGUGCAACCGGUAAGGAACAAGACAGAGCUGCCAAUGAUCAUCAAAAUCGCCAUGCAACUUGUUCUGCUAAUCAACGUGGACGAGAAAGAGCAGGUGAUGCACACAAAUGUAUGGCUCACAUUGGUAAGCGAGAAUUCCCGUUUGGGAUUUUCCAUUCAUGUUAAAAUUCCGCGCUAA